UGUCAGCAGCCGCUGGAGACGAGGCUCGGUGUGUGAAAGCCGCUUGGCAUGAAUGCCUGGGCCGUACCAAGCGCGGCGGCGCCCGCGGGGGGAGGCCGCCCCGCCGCCCCGCCGCCCCGCGCAGACAAUAGGCCCCGCGCCGCGUCCCCCUGACUCGCCCCGCGCCCCGGACAUGCGGCGCCCGGCACCGCGCGCCUGACGCAGGUGAACUUCUGUUGUGAAACAAGCGAUUUGCAACUCAUGGCCUCCACAAUGAGUACUGCUGUGUCGUGACGCCAGGGGUCUUGCGUGCCCUGGAGAUGCGAGACUUCCCCUGGGCAGCAGGAGGCACGCGUCUAGAGAAUGCUGGAGCUGCAGGAGGGAAGAGCCCCGUGCAAAACCAGAGAGGAGCAAAGAGAAAAAAGGCAAGCAGACAGCCGACAUUGAGAGAAGCGGGUGGCAAAAAGUGCUUCGACGCUGCCUCUGGCGGCACGCUCCCCAGAGGAACUUGACGAGAGCCCAUCUGUGUGUGUGUGAGACUGUGAGCUCAGGAUUUCUGUCAAUGCAUUCCAGUAACCCCAAAGUGAGGAACUCCCCGUCAGGCAACACACAGAGUAGCCCCAAAUCAAAGCAGGAGGUGAUGGUCCGUCCCCCUACAGUGAUGUCCCCGUCUGGCAACCCCCAGCUGGAUUCCAAGUUUUCCAACCAAGGCAAACAAGGGGGCUCCACCAGCCAAUCCCAGCCCUCUCCCUGUGACCCCAAAAGUGGAGGUCACCCUCCCAAAGUGCUCCCUGGCCCAGGUGGGAGCAUGGGGCUGAAGAAUGGGUCUGGAAAUGGUGCCAAGGGGAAGGGGAAGAGAGAAAGGAGCAUUUCAGCAGACUCCUUUGAACAGAGGGAAGCUGGGACUCCUAAUGAAGACCCUGAAAUCAAAGACUGCAAUUCUUCUGAUCAUGUGAAGUCCCAGGAGUCUCAGCACACACCACACUCCAUGACUCCUUCAAAUGCUUCAGCCCCAAGGUCUUCCACGCCUUCCCAUGGCCUGACUGCUACUUUGGAGCCAGCAAGUGGGCAGAAGACUCCAUCCAAAGUGGUUUAUGUCUUUUCUACUGAGAUGGCCAACAAGGCUGCAGAAGCUGUGCUGAAGGGACAGGUGGAAACCAUUGUGUCCUUUCAUAUCCAGAACAUCUCAAACAGCAAGGCAGAACGAAACACUGUACCCUUGAACCCCCAGAUCACUGCACUUCGGACUGAAUCCAAGCCUCUGCCGCAGCCCCAGCCCCCUGCUGCCCAGGACCAGAACCCUCCCCAGAACGCCAAAAUGCAGCCGACUCCACCUGUGUCAGCGCCGGUACCAAAUCCACUGCCCCCCCCAUGUCCCAUAGAUCAGGACAGUCCCAGUGUGGAAAGCAAAGUGAUGUCUGUGGGCAGCCCUGCCAACUCUACCCCAUUGCAGACGGAAGCAUUUGGGCAGAGUUCAACCCCCAAUAAUCGAGCAGUUAGCCCGGUUUCCCAAGGUAGCAAUAGCUCUGCUGCAGACCCCAAAGGUCCUCCCCAGCAGGUGUCUGGUGGAGACCCAUCCAGUUUGGGUGAGAAUCCAGAUGGACUGUCACAGGAACAGCUGGAGCAUCGAGAACGCUCGUUGCAGACCCUGAGAGACAUACAACGCAUGCUCUUCCCUGAUGAGAAGGAGUUUGCAGGAGGGCAAAGUGGGGGGCCACCCCCAAAUGCUGGGGUGCUGGAUGGUCCGCAAAAGAAAACUGAAGGGCCAAUACAGGCCAUGAUGGCUCAAUCCCAAAGUUUAGGCAAAGGGUCAGGGUCUCGGACAGAUGGUGGGGCUCCGUUUGGCCCUCAAGGACACAGGGACAUGCCUUUUUCCCCAGAUGAAAUGGGGCCACCUCCGAUGAACUCCCAGUCGGGACCCAUAGGCCCAGACCACCUGGACCACAUGACUCCUGAGCAGGUGGCCUGGCUCAAGCUGCAGCAGGAGUUUUACGAGGAGAAGAGAAGAAAGCAAGAGCAGGUGGUUGUGCAGCAGUGUUCACUGCAGGACAUGAUGGUCCAUCAGCAUGGACCUCGUGGGGUGGUCCGAGGCCCUCCCCCUCCCUACCAGAUGGCCCCUGGGGAGGGCUGGGGACCUGGGGGUCCAGAGCCCUUCCCUGAAGGCAUGAACAUGUCACACUCUCUGCCCCCCAGGGGCAUGGCGCCUCAUCCCAACAUGCCUGGGAGCCAGAUGCGCCUGCCUGGUUUUGCAGGAAUGAUGAACCCUGACAUGGAGGGCCCCAGUGUUCCAAAUCCCUCGUCCCGGCCUGGGCUUUCGGGAGUUAGUUGGCCAGACGAUGUGCCAAAAAUUCCAGAUGGCCGAAACUUCCCUCCUGGCCAGGGUGUCUUCAGCGGCCCUGGCCGAGGGGAGCGGUUCCCAAAUCCACAGGGCCUGCCUGAAGAGCUCUAUCAGCAGCAGCUGGCCGAGAAACAAAUGGGACUCCCUCCUGGCCUGAACAUGGAAGGCAUCAGGCCUGGCAUGGAGAUAAACAGAAUGAUGCCCUCCCAGAGACACAUGGAGCCUGGGAACAACCCCAUCUUCCCUCGCAUGCCAGUGGAAGGGCCAAUGAGCCCCUCUAGGGGGGACUUCCCCAAAGGAAUACCCCCACAAAUGGGCUCUAGCAGGGAGCUGGAGUUUGGGAUGGGCCCUAGCAGCAUGAAGGGAGACAUGGGCAUGAAUGUCAGCAUGGGCUCCAACCCACCUCUGGUCCCUCAGAAGCUGAGGGAGGCAGGCGUUGGGCCGGAAGAGAUGAUGAAACUGCGCCCUGGUGUCUCGGAGAUGCUCUCCUCUCAGCAGAAAAUGGUGCCGCUGCCGUUUGGGGAGCACCCACAGCAGGAGUAUGGCAUGGGUCCCAGGCCUUUCCUUCCCAUGUCUCAGGGCCCAGGAGUUGGUCUCCGAAAUCUCAGAGAACAGAUUGGGCCUGACCAAAGGACUAGCAACCGGCUCAGCCACAUGCCGCCACUACCUCUCAAUCCCACCAGUAACCCUAAUAGCCUCAACACUGCUCCCCCUGCGCAGCGCAGCCUUGGCCGCAAACCUUUGGAUAUCUCUGCAGCUGGUCAGGUGCAUUCACCAGGAAUCAACCCCCUGAAGUCCCCCACGAUGCGCCAGGUCCAGUCUCCCAUGAUGGGGUCUCCCUCUGGGAACCUGAAGUCCCCUCAGACGCCCUCCCAGCUGGCAGGAAUGCUUGCGGGCCCCACUGCUGCAGCUGCUGCUGCCUCCAUCAAGUCACCCCCCAUCUUGGGAUCUGCUGCUGCUUCUCCUGUCCACCUCAAGUCUCCAUCUCUCCCUGCACCUUCUCCUGGAUGGACUUCGUCUCCAAAGCCUCCUUUGCAGAGCCCUGGGAUUCCCCCAAACCACAAGGCGUCUCUCACCAUGUCUUCUCCAGCCAUGCUGGGGAACGUGGAAUCAGGUGGUCCACCUCCUUCCACAGUCAGCCAGUCUGCUCCUGUGACUCUCCCAGGAAAUCUUCCCUCUAGUAGUCCUUACACAAUGCCUCCAGAGCCAACCCUCUCCCAGAAUCCCCUUUCCAUUAUGAUGUCCAGGAUGUCCAAAUUUGCCAUGCCCAGCUCUACACCACUCUAUCAUGAUGCCAUCAAAACUGUGGCCAGCUCAGAUGAUGACUCCCCUCCAGCACGCUCCCCUAACUUGCCAUCUAUGAACAGUGUACCAGGAAUGGGCAUUAAUUCUCAGAAUCCUCGAAUUUCAGGUCCAAACCCAGUGGGUCCAAUGCCAACCCUUAGCCCAAUGGGAAUGACCCAGCCUCUUUCCCAUAACAACCAGAUGCCCUCUCCAAAUGCUAUGGGACCCAAUAUACCUCCUCAUGGGGUCCCUGUGGGACCUGGCCUGAUGUCACACAACCCGAUGAUGGGGCAUGGUUCCCAAGAGUCUCCAAUGGUACCUCAAGGACGCCUGGGCUUCCCACAGGGGUUCCCUCCUGUGCAGUCCCCUCCACAGCAGGUGCCAUUUCCACACAACGGGCCCAGCGGUGGACAAGGCAAUUUCCCAGCGGGAAUGGGCUUCCAUGGAGAAGGACCUCUGGGGCGUCCUACUAACCUGCCCCAAAGUUCGACAGAUCCAGCACUUUGCAAGACUGGAGGCCCUGGUGGUCCAGACUCCUUCACUGUUCUUGGAAACAAUAUGCCUUCGGUUUUCACUGAUCCAGAGCUGCAGGAGGUGAUCCGUCCUGGAGCCACGGGAAUACCAGAGUUUGACCUGUCCAGGAUUAUCCCGUCGGAGAAGCCUAGCCAGACACUACAGUAUUUCCCUCGUGGGGAGGUGCCGGGCCGCAAGCAGCCACAGGGUCCUGGGCCUGGGUUCUCCCACAUGCAGGGAAUGAUAGGAGAGCAGACCCCAAGAAUGGGACUAACAUUGCCUGGCAUGGGGGCGCCUGGGCCAGUGGGAACUCCGGAUAUCCCUCUUGGGACGGCUCCGCCCAUGCCAGGUCAUAAUCCGAUGAGACCACCUGCCUUCCUGCAGCAAGGCAUGAUGGGGCCGCACCACCGUAUGAUGUCACCAGCACAAACAGCGAUGCCUGGCCAGCCUGCGCUAAUGAGUAACCCCGUGGCCAUGAUCCCAGGCAAGGACCGAGCCCCUGCGGGGCUGUACAGCCACCCGGGCCCUGUAGGGUCACCUGGUAUGAUGAUGUCAAUGCAGGGCAUGAUGGGACCCCAACAAAACAUCAUGAUUCCUUCCCAGAUGAGGCCCCGAGGUAUGGCUGCUGACGUUGGCAUGGGAGGAUUUAGCCAAGGCCCUGGAAACCCAGGGAACAUGAUGUUUUAAGCUGCUACCAUAAGACUGGAUGUUCUGAUCCUUGUCAAGAUGAGAUUCCAAGUCCUGAGGGCUUUUUUGGGAGCUUCAGGAGUACAGUUUGGCCAUGCAAUAGGUGAAAAGAGACCAGAGGACACUUUGGGAAAUCUCGAAUGUAUGGAAUUACCUGAAAAAAAAUUAUUCAUUUUAACAGGUUGUUUUUUUUUAAGAUUUAUUUUUUAAAAAUUAUUUUUGUGGACUUGGGUAUCCCGUGACGGCACCUGCUUUGAGAAUCUGUAGCUGUAUUUUGAGAAUUUUGCCAUUUGUCACAAGUUGCACCAUUCUCUGUAUGUUUACGUCCUUUGGACUGGCUUCUCCCAGGACUCUCGGUUAUUUUUGGGGUUUUUUGUGUACUGUACUAUAUUGUAAAAGGGAUUUUAGCAGAGACUUUAGUCUUUGGGGUGAGAGGAGAAUGGGAUUCUAGGCUGUUUACUUUAGGUGGAGAAUCCAUCUUCAGAACUUCGGGCUAUUUUCCUUCAACUCCAAUGUAUAGAAAAACCAAACUACGACCUCAGAGCAGAGUAUUAAUGAAAAGCACAAAAAGGAACUUAAGUUCAGUGAGGGGAAUCUUUUAAAAGAAAUAAAUAAUAAGUUAAGGACAUAUUUUUCAAAUUAUGGCGUGCUGUCCAGCACCUUCUGUCUCUCCCUCCCACUCUUUAUUAAAUAGGCUUCUCUCUCUCCGUCCCCCUUCUGUCUCUCCUAUGGCAGCUGCAAUACAUUGUGUUAUUUUGGGGAGUAAAUCUAGGAGAGCCUCUCCUCCUGUGGGGACUCCUCCCACUUUUAGGAAGGAGCUGGACUUGGACACUGUUACAUCCUACAGUAGUCUCUCUCACUGUUUCCUAUUCUCCUUUUCUUAGAAACCCCAAGUGAUUUUAUUAAUGUGGGAGUGGAACAGACACUAAAAGUUAUCCAGGAUUUUUUUUGUGGUUAUUUUUUUCCUCCCCAGCGUAAGACGUUCUGUGUAACCUCCAUUAAAUUUGGUACAAAACCACUCGCCAGGGCUGUGGUGUCAGAAAAAUAAAAUAUAUUGUUUCUUACAAAAAUGAACUGUCUUCUUUAUCCAGUCCAGUUGUUUCUAUGUACAUCAGACAGCUGGCCAGAGGACUGCUUGCUCUUCCUUCUGAUCACAGCCAGCCUAGAGGCCAGAUGGGGUAAGCUUUGGCAGCUCCGAAAAGUCUGGUCUGUAGGCAGUUGUGUGCUCCUUGCCAGGCGCUUCUGUUCACUUAAUCCUGAACUGACUUUGUUUUCCUUUGGAGUGAGGUAGUAUUUUGGAACACCCAGGGAUGGUAGUUACAUUCUUCCUCCAUUUGUUGAGGGUCAAGGAACAGACAAAACUUGUCUCUGUCCCUUCUUCCUGGUGAGAGUUUUCAGCGCUACGGAGGUACGUGGUUUUGAGCUUUCCCUAAAUAGCGGCAUCGGCCUGCUAAGUGCCAGAGUCUGACACAAUGUGGAGCAGCUGGGGUUGUGUUGGAGUCUGGGGGCUUUGGAUUGGGUAGGGUCUCUGGCUGCUGUUGCUCAGAGGCUGAGAUAGUGGGGAACAGGUACAAUGACGGUGAAAAAUUGUCAGUGAGUAGGUUUUUAUCAAGACAACCCUGCUGACUAAAUGGUUGCUUUCCUUUGUUUCUCACUGGUGGCUUCCUAAUCCCCCUGUCUUUUCAAACUUGCCUUUUGAGAGAAUUUCAGCAAGAAGGUUUUAUGGUUUUGUCUGAGGAGCAAAAAUUUGGAUGCCAAAACAUGGAUCAGGAGUUGAACCCUCCUUCUGGAGAAGACCAGGAGGAGCCAGAUGUGGAUCUGUAGGGCAGGGAGUGGGCUCUGUCUGUCUGCCCCAGCUCUGUAUAUGGAGUGUGCAAUCUCUGUUCUUCCUUCCACUUGCUGUUACUUGAAAUUAUUUCAAUGAGUAAUUUCCUCAAAGGGCUAUUUAUUAGUGUGAAACUUCAUGUGGAGAAUGAGUAUCUUUAAUAUGCGUGCGUGUGAGGGUUUUUCAGGGUUGACUGAUCCUUAACUCUGGAAAAAGAAUUGCUGUCUGCGGCCAGUUUACCAAAGUUCUGUUGCUAGUAUUACAAAAUGAGUGAAGCCAUGCACUGUUAGAGGCACGCAAGCCUUGGAGCCUUCUGUUGCCUGCUUCGAAAUUCACCUUUGUGCUGUCAUGCAAAUUUACAAUGAUUUUGGGUGAGAAUUACUCUUUUGACAAAGUGUAGGAUGUAUGUUGUGGUGCUUCCCUCUAACAAGACAAGCAGCAUGCCUGCAGCACGGGCUUGUCAAGAAUUUAGAAAGGGCUGACAAUGACACAGUAAGUGUUAUUUCUGUAGAGCGGAGUUACCUCUUCUUCAAAUGCUUGCAUAGCUCCCUUUUGAGGACUUUGCACGGCAGUUGUCACAGUACAGCCUUUUAAAGUGGUGCUGCUUCUGCCGUGACUCCUCACUGU